AUGCCACCUGAGACUGCCACCGAGAAAGACUACCGUUUCAUGGCGGAGUGUUUUAAAAACAUCGAUCACACUCGAGGCAAGGUCGACAUGGUUAAAGUGGCCGCCGCAAUGGGGUACGGCAACCCUCGCUCUGCCGGAAACAGGUACAAAGUUCUCAAAACAAAGCACGGAUUCGCGACGGACUGCUUCUUUACCGGCUCGACUGGAGCCGCCCUGACCUCGCCCAAGAAAGGGAUUCCUCGGGCCAAGAAGACCCCAAUCAAAAAGGGGAAACAGGGUGGAGACGAUAAUGACGAUGAUCUGACUGAAGAUGAGAACGUCGGCAUCAAAGAGGAAAAGAAUGCCGAGGGUGAAGCGUUCAGUUCUGAUCCUACUACCCAGGAUGAAGCCACCCUGAGUUCGCCCAAGAAGAGGGGUUCUCGAGCCAAGAAGGCAGCAGUCAAGAAGGAGGGGCAGGUUAAGGACGAGCAUGAUCUUGACCAGACUGAAGAAGAGAACGCCGAAAUCAAAGAGGAGGAGGAGGAAGAGAAGAAGGAUGUUGAGAGCGACGAAGAGAUCUAA